AUGGCCGCCACCGGGCGCCGUGUGCGGACUACCGAUGAGGCCGUUGGCAACGUGGGAACGGUGGAGUUGCGAAUUUCGUGCACCGCGGGCCGCUUGCAAAUUGCAAUCACGUCGCCGCACGUAAAAAUACAACCGAGCCGCGCGUCCCAACGUCUCGUCGGAACCGCCACGCUGCAGCCGAGCCGCGUAUUCGGCCGACAUCAUAAUUUAGCAAACGCAAAAACCCGCGUACCGAUAAAUAAAACUGCGGGCCUUCUUCAACGGGCCGGCGAGCUAACGCGUCCGAGGCGGGAAAACGGAUGGAACUCGAGGGCGAAACUUUUAAAAAAGGAAACUGCUCUUGCGACGGCGCGCACGACGCGAUUGGCCGGCGGCGCAGGGGCGGGAAGCGGCGGCGCGGCGAUUGGCCCGCGCCGCGCCACGGCCCGCGCUCGUCUCGAGACGCCAGCGGAUAGAUUUUUUUUUUGU